AUGAGCUUUGGGAAUACUUUACUAUCGAAGCUAGGACUUGGUGAAGGCAGAAUGUCAGCUCUCUUACCAUUAUAUACUUCCCCGCCGCGGCGCCAGGCAGAAGAACACGACCUCUCUGAGCUCUCCCCCCGACCUGACGAUGCGUUCCUUUCCCCAGAUUCUCCUCGUAUACUCGCCUACAGAGACAUCGUUUCCGAUACUCCUAACGGGUCCGGGAUAAAUACACCAAACAUGAAUGCUUCCUCUCGCUCCAAAGGUAAAGGCAAGGCAAUCGCCUUCGCCUACCAAGGUCGGCCGCAGUAUUCGCGAUCUCGAUCCCCCAGCUCCCUAGACGACUCGGGUGAGCCUACGAAUAAUGAUCUUAAGGUUCCGCCUGGUAUUUGGCGACCAACCAUCCGCACCGAGCCGCGCGAUAGUAGACAUGCUACUACUAGUACCCAUACGUCUCUUGUCGAGAGUAUAUUCAAAGGACGGCCUGAUCGUUCGGCAGACCGUACGAUACAGUCAGACGUUGACAACACUUUCAAAAUGUUACAGCGGCGGGAACGCCAACUACAGAAUGAACUUCAGAAGUUACUAGAUGCGCAAGGUGUUGCGCUAGAACGAGACCUUGAAGGGAAUGAUACAGGAAAGACUUCCCCCGAAGGCACCAAGCAAGGAUUAUCUCCAGAUAUGACGGCAUCUUCCGUUCAGACAAAGCUAUCCGAAGGUUCCGUCGUGCCUGUUCGCCAGCCCAAGAAAAGACCUAUGUCGAAACGACAGGCCCGUAUCGGUAUCGCUCGCUCGGUCACCAUGUUGGCUGACUUGAAGAAUGAGGAAGAUGCAUAUAUCGCUACCGCGUUGGCUGAGCGGAAGGCCGCUUUGUCAAGGUUACGUAAUCUAUCGUCGCAGCGUAAAUCUAUCACGGCCGAUUUGAAGGCUUUAGAAGAAGAUAACGAGACGCCGAUCGAGACCGAAAUAGCGACAAUGGAGAGUCAACACCGCACGGUAUGUGCUAAUAUCGAGAAGCUCGAGGAAAAGCUCAGACUGUUGAGGAGAACGAAAGCCAGCCUAGAAAGAAAACUUGAGGAGGCCAGGAGUACCCGAGAAGCCAGCCUUAGCGGGUACAAGGGCGCCCUGAAGCAGUGCGAACAGGGCAUUUCUGAGCUGAUGAAAUACCCAGGCGUACAAGUGCUUGAAGUCGAGGAUUUGAAGGAACAGGGCGGCGAGGAUUUGGCCGCGCUCAUGUCGAAACAUGUGUCUGGCGUCGAUUUCCUUUCUCUGCGACCAGAGAGACGAACGGCGGAAAUGGCGAAGGAUUGGUGGGAAGGCGAAGUCGCCGUGCUCGAGCAGCGCAAAACUGUCGUUGACAGGGAACGGGCUGCGCUGGAAGAGGGUAGCGAAAUAUGGCAGCAGGUUCUCACCAUGCUUGUCGAUUUCGAGACUCAAUUAAACCAAUCGCUGCAAGAUGCCACUAAGCAGCAGCAGAAUCUUGAAUCUGGCGACCCGGCAUCUAUUCUGCGAGACCAGUACAAGGUCCUCAAGGAGACCUUGCGUGAAAUCCAGAGGCAGCACGAUUAUGUCGAGUCCCGCGGCUGGAACCUCCUAAUUGCCGCCAUCGGCGCUGAACUAGCACACUUUGAGGGUAUCAAGGAAUUCCUCGCGGAAAUAAUCCGCAGCUCUGGGUACGACGACGGCAUAAUCACACCAGUUACAUCUGCCGGCAGCAACGACCUCGUCGACGUGCGGGAAAACGGGACAUCGGAUAUCGAACCGCGUUCCUCAGAACCGGACGAGGACGAGGAACUUAGCCGUAGCGUGGUCCGGCGCUGGGACAAUCCCGACGCGCAGCAACUAAGCAGCCCCCCUGCAGACCUGCUCGGCGCCGCGCACCGCGACGAGAGCGAUAAUGAGGUGCCGCCGGGAUUACUGAGCGAAGAACCACAUCACGAGAGCGAGGAUGAGAGCCACAAUGAUAUUCCCGUCGAGUUCUUGUCCAUGCAUAGCCCCCCGCAGAGCCGGGUUAAGAAAGACAUACCUACGCCUAACCGCAGCCGUCUCAGGAGGGAGAGCAGCGAGAUUGAGGACGAGGAUGAUAACCAGAUCCCGCCGGAUCUGCUCUCUGAAAGCCGCAGAGAUGACGACGUCGUUGAUUAG